UGUGCAUGCCUGACCCUGUCCUGUGAGGAUGUUGGGCCCGGCCCUUCUCCUCACCAUCCCCCUGCUCCUCCAGGCGGCCCAGGACAAAGAAUGUCCAAAUUCUGAUACCCGCAUCGUGCUUGGACUCUCAGGACAGCCUCUCUGGUUGCGGCCCAACAGCACACAGACAGGGAACGUCUCAGUUAAAUGGACCUUUAAGCAAAAAGCAGAAAAAAACACGUAUGUGAUACUGGAUUGGGAGCAUCCAGCCAAGAAGCCGCUUUAUGGAAAUUGGUCUUUGACUCACUUCAACAAUCAAAUUAAUUUUGCACAGGAGGACUUUACUCUUCAUAUCAAGGAGGGGUGGCCGGAGGACAGUGGCCUCUACCUCCUGAAGCUCACCCUACAGAAUGGGGAUAAUGAGAAUGUUUGUUUCCAGGUUUUCAUAUUGGAGGGCCCCACGCUACAGGGCGAGACAAAGAUCCUGGAUGGAGGGAUGUGCCUAGUGUCUCUGAACUGCUCGAUUUCCAGGGAUGACGACAUCAACAUGAACUUUGCUUGGUUUAGAGGAGAGGAGAGGAUCCAGGAGUGGGGGUACCAGACCUACUCAGAGCAGGUGGCUGACGACAGCGUGCUGCUGUACUCCUGCUCUGUCAACUACUCAUUCAGCGUGGCAUACAGCACCCUCAACCUCAUGGGGUACUGUCAGAGUUGGAGUAAGUGGAGUGGGGAGAGGGUGCUGAUACCCUCCAUAGCUGGCUCAGCCAUGCUGCUGCUGUUCAUCCUCGUCAUCACUGUCUGCUUCUGUGUGCGGAAGAAGAAGGUGAAUCAGUCAGAAGACAGACAACAGCAAUUUCUGCCAACGUAUGAACAUGUCAACACUGUGAAGCCCAGGAGAGAUCAAGCGCCGGCACAGCGUACUCCGGAAGAUAUGAACACCAUCUACUCCUUGAUUCAGCCCCAGUCUUCUUCUGCUUCGACAUCACAAGAAAAUGAAAAAACUGUGUAUGCACAAGUGCAGAUUACCCAGAAGAAGAGGAACCACAGCUCUUCUGUCAACUGCACUGUCUAUGAAGAGGUUGGAAGCAGAAUGCCCAGAGCCCAGAACCCUGCUCGGCUGAGCCGCAGGGAGCUGGAGAACUUUCGUAUUUAUACCUAAGGGUGCUGCUGCCUCACUUCCUAUGUGUCAGUGUCUGCUUUGGGAGUCUGUGCUUUGACAACACACGAGUCUCCCUACAUGGUUCCCAAUUUCUAGAAGAUUCCUAGUUUGGGAAGGACAUGUGUGCUCACCCAUGAUGUACUGCUGGUGUUGGAAAUGAUUUUUAGCAGUCUUUGUAAGAGCAAGGCUAUUCGAUGCUGUCGCUCACUUACAGGCCAGACAAGAGUGGGGGAGACCUUGGCUAUUUCACGAACGUCCACACAGCAAACCCAAGUGCUGGAAAUAAGUGCUGUGUAAUGUCGGGGGAGAGCUUUAUUCGCACCAGGGUUCUUUCUCCCUGGUCCUCUAAUCUAUUCCUUGUGUUACCUCCUCUCUCAUCUGGAAUGACCACAUUUCUAGACCCCUCCCUGGCCCAGCCCAUCUUCCAAAGAGGAAGGAAAGACAAUGGUGAUUCCAAGGAAGAGAAACGGCCCCCUCUGAACUUGUGGAUUCAUUAGUUGGUUCUCCAGGGGGGAAGACCUGGACAUCACCAGCGCUCCCCUCCCCAUGUUAAACCUUCCCUCUGGCCAGAGUUGGCGGAAGUGAAAGUAGAUGUAAAGCAGCGUGUCUCCAAGUGCAAACGUCCCCUGGAGCGCGGCCAUCCUGGUCUCAGGCCCGAGAGAGCAGCGCGGUCUACAGAUGGACGUUUGAUAUACAACAACACAGUAUUAGAAAUCUGCUGUGGCUUCUUUAAAAGUUCUUCACAUGAGAGACUAUGUGUUAACCUGAGUCCUAGUGAACACUCCCCCGACACACACUGGGGGCGGACUCAGGCCUCUGAGCUGUUGGGAGCUGAACCCCACGCUGGGUCCCCACACAUCUCAGGCCAGACCAAGCUGAGGCUCUGGCUGUACCCAGGAGAGAGACAUGGGUGAAUGGGAGAGUCCCUACUCAGGGUGCUAGUUCUUCUAUUUAACUUGUGAAUUAACCGGUCUUAUUCAGAGACAGUCUAACUUUUUUCCUGAAUUAAA